GUGCCACACCAAGCACCAAAAGAACAUACCACACUUUAUCCAAAAUCUUUUAUGCAAUUCUAUAAAUACCUACAUUUCCCUUCCUUUUUACUCCAUCAUCAAUCAAUCACUCACUUUUAUCAAUCAACAUCGCAUAUUCAAAACACAUACAUACACUUAGAAAAUAUGGACGCCUUUCAAUCUUGGGUUUCUGAGAACAAGCUUACUAGCAUUGGAGCUUUUUGGGCAUCGGCAGUUGCAGCAUCCGUUGCUUAUAAUUCCCGUUCAAAGACAUCCCUCAAGCCAAGCCUCAGACUUAUUCAUGCUAGGAUGCAUGCACAAGCCUUGACACUGGCAGUGUUAUCAGGUGCAGCAGUUUACCAUUACUAUGAGAAGCGCAAUGAGGAGAAAUGAAUCCGACAAAUACGCCUAACUGAAAGACGAUGACGAUAACACUCAUGAUUAUCAAACAAUACCUGAUUUCAUGACUUCUAAAUUUUGAAGGCAGAAGAUACAAUAUAUAAUAUAUUAUCGGCUACUUGAUGCAAUAUUAAUGUUCUGUUUUGUUCUGUUGUAUUUUGUUAUGCAUUACUAGCUAGUAGGAGUACUUUUCCCCCCUACUCUUCCUAUGUACAUAUACAAUCAAAUUAAUCUAAAAUAAAUUUAUGCUAUGCAUUA